CCCCACACAAAGAUGUGGGGGAAAAAAUCCAGUGGCAGAUGCGGGUGAUGUGGCAGCGGGAUGGAUCCUUGGGCAAAUCCAGCCAAGGACCCUUGGGCUCUGGAAAGGGGAAAAGGACAUCCUAUGGUCCAAGGGUUCGGAAAGAAGUUGGUCAUUGCCCGAAAAAGAAGAGGCUCGAAGGUGGCCGAAACUCUGGCGAAGGGAGCUGCUAAGCCAGCCGCCAAGCCAGCCACCAAGCCAGCUACCAAGCCAGCACCAAAGGCAGUUGCUCAGAAGAAGUGGUUGAGGCUUAGAUUCCACUUGCAGGCAGACCACAAGAAAAUCACUCUCAAGGUGUCCUCUGCAGAGGAACUGGCUGAAGCAGUGGAAAGGUUCGAAGAAGAUCAGUCGAGUCGAAACCGCUGUCCUGGCUGCAGAAACAGGUUGUGGAUCCGAAACGAAGUUCAACCUGAUAGUCCGCAUCAAGACGAUUGCGUCGGGAAAUUGAAGUGUUGCUGCAAAGCACCAGUAAAUUUCAUCCACAAUACUGGUAAUUGGAAUGGCUAUCACAUGUGCACAGGAGCUCUUUCGACUAGCUUGCCACCGUUUCACAGCACCUAGAGCCACGGCAGAGCCACGGCAGAGCCAUGGCAGAGGCCACUGCAGAGCUAGGUUGCACUCAUGUCGGCACAGAAAAAAUACUGUAGAACCGCAGGAACUAGAACAGUUCAAUGUUGAAACAGCAAUGUUGGAGC